AUGGCCGUCGCCCCUAAACCAGUGGAGACCCUCUUCGUGUGCCUUAGUCAGCGGACCACCGGCCUCAGGACUGGACUUCCCAUUGAUUGCACCCAGGAGCUUGCGAACAAGACGUUCAGUCAGUAUGGAACAGUGAAGGAAACCACGGUGCUGCCGGUGGCUCCUGGAAAGAAUGCUGCAGCCAGUUUUGUUAUCAUGGAGACCGUUGAGCAGGCACAGUGGAUUGUGGACAAUCUGAACGGAAAUAUCCCCGAAGGCUUGACUUCUCCUGUCACAGUCGUGUUUGCAACUCCUCGCGCCAACAGAUUCGAUGGCGGCAAAGGGAUGAAGGGCAAGGGCAUGCCACUUGGCAUGAUGAACUUCAUGAGCAUGAUGAUGGGAAUGGGCGGCAAGGGAUACGGCCCCAGCCCGUACAAGAACAACUACAAGACCGUCAUGUGCAAGUUCUAUGAGCAGCAGGGCUGGUGCUCCCGCGGAAACAGCUGCACCUUUGCCCAUGGUGUCCACGAAUUGUCCAAGGGCAAGGGCAAAGGUGAUUUGGAAAGCUAUGACUCCCUAACCCCAUUGGAAGAUAGGGGCCACGUGAAGAGAGCUUCGAUGCCGAUUACCUCUGAGGGAGCCGAUCUGGAGAUCGUGCGCAAAGUGCAAGACAUCAUCGAACAGUACGAGGCCGCAGCGGCUCGAUUGCGGCAGCUCAGCAACAAGCCACAGGUGGAUGGCAUCACUGGCUACCACGAAUUCCCCAGCCUCGCGGAGGACUACGAGAGUCGUGCGCAGAAGUAUCGGGAGGUCGCCAAGCUCUUGCGGGAGCCGCUGAAAGCACCUCUGUCUCCGAUGCAGGAGGAUGCCCUGCUCCGGCUCUGCCUGCAACGCAGUUCCGAGCCGGUGGCGGCGGUAACCUCGAGGGCAGCCGAGGGCCUACAGGACGUGCUCGGCCUGCCCCGGAACGCCUCCGAGGAGGAGAUCCGCAAGUAUCUGGAGAUCGUGCGCACGCUGCAUCCGGACAAGAGCCGAAAAAGCGGCAGUGGCAUGGAACGCUUCCACGAGGUGCAAGCAGCCUGGCGGUGCCUGUCGGAUCCCACACGGAGGCUGAUGUACGACCUCCGCACCUUUGGCGAUUCCUCCGCGGCGGGAAAACACGCCGCGGGGACGGCAGAGAUGGGAGAAAUGCUGUUGUCGCGACAGAAGGACGAUGCGGAAGAUGGCAGCUGUGGGAAGCUUGUUGACUUUUGA